AUGUUUCUUCUUUGGAUGCAAGGUAUCAGGGAACAACCAUCGCUAACCGGGCGCUUCCAGGCACCCGCCGCCACCGCCGGGCUCGGUGCAGCCGUCGUCCCACCGCCGGUCACCCUGCCCGCCACUGGCGCUACAGGCGCAACGACCGCUUCCUCAGCCACCUCCUUCUCCGCCACCUCCUCCUCCUCUGCCUUCUCAUCCUCCACCGUUUCGUCCUUCUCCGCGUCGGGCUCGUCCGGCUACUCGAGCGUCACCAGCGGCGGCCUGCCGACGGCCUCGGCCCCGGUUUCGGCCGCUGCCGGCGCCUCCGCCACCGUACCGACCAGCGAACAGCGGAAGCAAGAGUUUGGCCGCACCAAGCGUGCGUCGUCCGACGCGGAAAUCAUCUUCGGCGACCGUGGGCCCGACUUUUUCGCCAAGCGCUACGAGCGAGCCGGCGGAGAGUUCCGCCAGCGCACCGAGUCGCUCACGGAUGCGGAGCUCAUCUUCGGCACGAGCGCGGUGACGGGGCCGGCGGCCCCCACCCCACCCAACAGUGCGGCUCCGUUUUCGCCCGCCGCAAGCAGCACCGGAUCGGCGGCGGGACGGUACGGCACGUACGGCAGCCGGGACAGUGCCAGCUUCAGCAGCACCACCACCUCCGACACGGAGUUUGCGUACGGCCGGAAGGACCCGAGCAUGCUGACCAAGAGCAUGUCCGUCGCGUCCGAUCGUUCGACAAGUGCGGGCCGGCCCUGGGCCCGCCCCGCAGUGCACGAGGACGAGGAAGAGCUGGAUUUAAAGUAA